AUGCCAUCGGGUUCGGGUGCCAGGCCUGGCUGCGGUUCUGCGGGAGCGUGGCGGUGCCCGGUGACCCCAGCCGGGUGCGGGGAGGCCGGGGCGGGGGUCCGGCGCAGCCACCAGGCUGAGCUUGGUGCCAGCUCCACGCUCUCCUCCUCCUCCUCCCUGCAGGAUGCUGUUCUCAACGCCUGUUACCGGGGCUGCCGGCUGUUCUCCAUCUGUCACUUCGUGGAUGCAAGCGCUGAGCUGAACACAACCAGAGCCGAGUGCGAAGCAGCCUGUGCUGAAGCCUACAGCAACGCGGAGGAGCAGUUCGGCUGCGUGACGGGGUGCCGCAAGCAGCUGCCCGAGGUGGAGAGCAGGAAGGAGAAGAGCCUGGAGCUGAAGGUGCCAUCAUUCUCCAUGUUCGAUUUGGUCUCCACCUUUUGCAACGACAUUGUCAGCUCUGCCCAGAGCUUCAUCUCCUCCACCUGGACCUUCUACCUGCAGGCGGAUGAUGGCAAAGUCGUGGUGUUUCAGGUGGGGGUGUCCCAUGUCCCCUCUCGGGUGCCAAGAGGGGCGUGCCCAGAGUGGGUGCUUGGGCUCAGCAUCGCCUCCCCCCUGCCAGGCCCCCGGGCGAAGGGGGAGAAGCCCCCUGGGAAGGAGCCACGGGGCAAAGCCAAGGUGCAGCACAUGGACCCCCCCCAGCCGGAGCACGACUUCCUCGGCUGCAUGUCCAAGCGCUCGGGCCUUCCUCGCUGGAUCCUGGCUGCCUGCCUCUUCCUCUCCAUCAUGGUGAUGCUGUGGCUGAGCUGUGCCAGUUUGGUGACUGCCCCCGAGCAGCACGUCAAGACCCAGCCUCUGAGCAUCAACGGGGACAAGGAAUACUUGGAGGACUUGGACAGCCCCUGCGCCUUCCCCCUGCCGCCCGUCAUCGCCGUCACCCUGUGCCCUGCGCACGGCGGCGAGGACGCGGGGCCGCUGCCCCUCAAAGUCGACCUGGACAAGACCGUCCUGUAG